UCGCUCACACCGGUCGCAGCGCACACACGUUGAGUGCGACGCUGUUUGAGCGCAAACGUCAAGUAUUGGCGGCAUCUUUUGUAGCAAAUUUUUUCGCACAAGUAUCGCAGACGACGCUGUUCUGUUCGCACGCUCGGCAAACGCUGCUGCCGCUGUUGAUGUGUUGCUCUACGUCGGCAGUUACAGUUACUACGCAUUCGUAUCUACGUCGAGGCGGCGUGCGUGAUAAAAAAUAUAUUUUGAAAAAUACAAAAAAAGAAAUUCUCAACUUGAAUUUUUUGGCAUGCGUUGAAAGGCAACAACAAAUUGAGUAUUAGUUGGUACAAAACAAAUGCAUAAACGGCGCGUCUGUACGUGUGCGUGUGCCUCCGGCUUUGUGUCUGUGUGAGUGCGAAAAAAAGCGCUGAUUAAAAGCUUAAAUUGGCUUUAACAAAGCGUACAAUCAACAAGAAAAACAACAGCUGAAGCAUCAGAAACACCAGCAACAACAACAACAACAAACAACAACGGCAACAACAAAUAAAAACCGGCGCAAAGACGCUUCAAUAACCGAAAUAAUCAACCGUAAAAAACAACAACAAAUACAAAUACAAAUACAAAUACAAUAUUAAUAUUUUGCUGAUAUUGCAAGCAGCUCAGCAGAAAGGAAAUGUAGACCGGCGGGACCAAAGAAAUCGCAACAAUUUCUGCAACCGCGAAUGUCACUCCUAGGGAAGCCGCUGAACUAUAAUCGCGGCACACAUCGCCGCGAUGCCCGCUACCGGCGGAUGCAAAGUCGGCUCUACAAUUUCUUAGAGCGACCGCGGGGCCUGCAUGCAAUAUUUUAUCAUGUGAUGGUUUUUCUGAUGGUGUUCACAUGUCUCGCAUUGAGCGUGUUUUCCACCAUCAAGGAAUACGAGGAGGAUGCUGUAUAUAUAUUGUUUCGCAUGGAAAUCAUAGUUGUCAUCUGGUUUACCAUGGAGUUUGGGGCGCGUCUGUGGUCAUCGGGCUGCCGAUCGCGCUACCAGGGCACGCUGGGACGGCUUAAGUUUAUAAAGCAACCGUUUUGUAUUAUAGAUAUUAUCACCAUUUUAGCCUCAAUUGUAGUAUUAGGCAUGGGUACCUCUGGCCAGGUGUUUGCGACGAGCGCAUUGCGUGGUUUAAGAUUCUUUCAGAUACUUCGCAUGGUGCGCAUGGAUCGACGCGGUGGCACCUGGAAACUGCUCGGUUCGGUUGUAUACGCACACAGACAGGAGCUCAUCACAACCAUGUAUAUUGGAUUUUUAGGUCUCAUCUUUGCAUCAUUCCUUGUUUACAUGUGGGAGAAGGACGUUAACGAGAAGUUCAGCAAUUUUGCACAGGCGUUGUGGUGGGGCGUGAUAACACUCUGCACCGUGGGCUAUGGCGAUAUGGUACCCAUCACCUGGCAGGGCAAAUUGAUUGCCUCGUGCUGUGCCUUAUUGGGCAUAUCCUUCUUUGCGCUCCCUGCGGGCAUUCUGGGCAGCGGGUUUGCGCUGAAGGUGCAGCAGCAGCAGCGCCAGAAGCACAUGAUACGGCGUCGCCAGCCGGCGGCGACGCUCAUUCAGGCCGUUUGGCGCUGCUAUGCGGCCGAUGAGCAUUCCGUUUCCGUGGCCACCUGGAAGAUACAUCAGGUGGCGCUGCCAAGUCCGCCCGCAUCUUCUGAAAACUGGGAGCGAUUAUUAAAAAACAUAACCGAAUAUAGACGGGCCUCAUCCAGUUUUAAGCACAACACAUCCUUUGUGGCCCGCCUGCCGACAAUAAGGCGUCACAAGAGCCAGACCAUCCAGACGCCCGGACCGGAUGGCACUCCCAUGUCCAAGCCGCCGGGCUCGUCGCGGGCCUCCACGCGUUAUACGCGCACCAUACGCGAUAUCAACGCAUCUGUGGAGAACUUGGAGGUAGUACAAAAUGGCAAAUCCAUGAAUCCGAGUUUUAGCGAAGAUUCAGUUGCUGAAACAACUUGCUUAAAAAAUAUAAAAAAUUCAGACGCAGCUAAGCCAACGCCGUCGCCGGCACAGCUGGCCAAUUGCAUUCAUAGCGCCAGCCUGGGCACACUGGCUUCGGCCCCAGAGCACCCAGCUGCCCCUAAGCCGAGGGUCGAGGCUAGCUCUAAUACACUGACCAUACCCGUGGUGCUUUGCGGCUUUUUGCACGGUGAUUUUUUUGGCUCAACAUUUUCGCUGCGCAAUCCGCGCGUUACGCCCACCGAUGACCUGGAGGCGGGUCACAUGACGGAGCCAACGGGCAACGGCAAGUGCGGCAAUCCCGGUGCCAGUCCGACGGCCAGUGCGGGUCGAGGACGAACAGGUCGCUUUUUUGCGGCUGCUUCACAUUUUCUGGAAACGGGCACAUUGCAGGGCGGCGGCGGCGAACGGGAGGCGGCAGCACACGACGCAUUCUAUGUGGCAAAUGAGGAUGAGGAGCCGCGCUGCACGCAGCUGACAAAUCGGCACAAGAUCGCCAUACGCUUCAUACGCAAGCUCAAGUAUUUCGUGGCACGUCGCAAGUUUAAGGAGGCAUUGAAGCCAUACGAUGUCAAAGAUGUCAUGGAACAAUAUGCGGCGGGUCACGUGGAUUUGCUGGGUCGCGUCAAGAUGCUGCAUUUGCGUCUUGAUCAGAUUCUGGGCAAACAAGGAUCCAAGGCAAAGGAUGUGUAUGCCUCGAAAAUCAGCCUAGCCUCGCGUGUCGUUAAGGUUGAGCGCCAGGUCGUGGAUAUUGAGGAGAAACUCGACAUACUGAUCAAGGCCUAUAUGGAGGAUCGUGAUAGAUUUUUAGCGCUUCCGUUGCCAGCAAAUCCGAAACCCAAAAUACAUUCCAUUAGCCCUAGUCACAGUCACAAUCUGCAUCACACACACAAUCAGAGCAUGAUCGAUGUGUGGAAGCGAACCGCCACGCUUAGCGUGCAUCCCGAGCUGGUGUCGACGCCAUCCGGAGCAGCAGCAGGUGCCACAUCGGUGGAUCGUCUGGACAGCAAUGAGACGGCGCUGACCUCCACACAGACGGUGACAACCACAACGGAUGCGAUUGCCACACAAACACCCAUGCCGCAUACACAGCAUACAGCGACCAAUACAAAGUCUUCCGUGCUUAACCCAUAUCAGCUAACGCCUGAGAAGCAACAGCACAAUGAUGUAUUUAUGACUGAUUUAGAGAAUAGAACUAAAAAACGCGUUACUUUAAGCCUGCAUAGAUCCACAUCGGAGCCAUAUAGCAAACACGAGCAACGCAUCAAUAUGCCAGAUGAGGGCGCACAAUCCUUGGAUUCCGGUGCGAAGCCAACGCCGCCAGAUAGUUCAAUUAUACUCAUUGAUGAGUAUGAGGACUUCGAGGAGGAGGAUCUGAACUGUGAGGGCGAAAUGGAGCAUUUUCCAUCGUGGGAAAUCGAUAGCGACAUUGGCGCCGAUGUCGAUGUCGAUGCGGAUGGCGACUGUGAUGAGUCCACGGAGGACACGGCGCUGCUGCAUUGCGCCACGCGCACCGCGAUUGUUAUAACACCCAUUAGCCCAGUAAGCUCCGCACUCAACCUGCAAAGCUUAAAUGACCAAACUACAACGCUUAAUAAAUCAAACUUGCUUCCGCCAGACUCUGGCUAGUUAAAUGCAAUUGAAAU